CGUGUCCUAGCGUCGCCAUAUUGGUAGUCGGAAGCAACAUAGCGGUAGCACCGGUCGAUUUUCACUAUUUGCUUUAAAAUGCCGACGAUGUGUGCCGUAUAUGGCUGUUCAAACAAACAUGGUGCUAACAAGGAAAACAACAGGUCAUACUAUAGGCUGUCAAAAGUCAUUGCCAAUCAAGGGGACAGGACAAAAGAACUCUCACUUGCGAGACGUGUAAAAUGGCUUGCGAAUAUUGGGAGAGCAGAUAUCAAGGAAUCAAGCUACAAACACAUUCGUGUUUGUUCGGAUCACUUUAUGGAUAAACCAGCUGCAUUGUAUGACCAUCUGAAUCCUGACUGGGCUCCAACCGUUAACAUGGGUAGAACUUCUCCAAGUGACAGCAUGCUAUCUGGGUCUGCCUCUGACAGAUACACUCGGUCAGUCCAGAGAUCUGUGAAGCGGAAGAGGCAAGAUGCAGCUGAAACAUUACUGUCAUUGCAAAGUGCCCCUGAACUUGACACACCAGAAGACCCACAAGAAGACCCGCAAGAAGACCUUCAUGAAGACCCCUUGCCAGCUGAGACGGGAACAGCUUGUCAAACAGAUGAUGACAUGAAGUUAUAUGAUGCCAAAGAUGCUGAAAUAUAUAGACUACGAAAAGAAAACGAAGAACUGAAACAAAUUAAUGAGAAACGUACAUUCGACAUGGCUUUUUUGAAAAUGAUGAUGUGUUGGUUAGAUAUUACACUGGGCUGCAAAAUUACCAUAUUCUCAAGUGUUUAUUUGAUUACGUUGAACCAGAUAUUAUUAUUCAACGCAAAAGUAUACUAAACAAAUUUCAGCAGUUGAUCUUGGUGCUCAUGAAGUUGAGAUUAAAUCUGGGCAACAAAGACUUGGCUGUAAGAUUUGGCAUAUCUGAUUCAACAGGUUCUAGAAUAUUUCAGAAUGUCUUGAGUGUUUUGUAUGCUUGUUCACUGCCUCUCAUUUAUUGGCCAGAAAGAGAGCAACUUCAAAAAACAAUGCCCAUGAGUUUUCGUGAACAUUUUGACACUAAAGUUGCUGUUAUUGUAGAUUGCUUUGAAAUUCCAAUGGAAUGUCCAUCCAAUCUUAAAGCCAGAAAUGAGACCUGGUCUGCUUAUAAACACAGCAAUACAGCAAAGUUUUUGAUAGGUAUCACUCCGCAGGGUGUUGUCAGCUUUAUAUCAGAUGGCUAUGGAGGCAGGGCUAGUGAUAAGCACAUAACAGAAACUUGUGGUUUACUCAAUAAACUUUUGCCUGGUGAUGUAGUCUUAGCAGAUCGGGGGUUUGAUAUACAGGAUAGUGUGGGUAGCAUGUGUGCAAAAUUGUACAUUCCCGCCUUUACCAAGGGCAAACCACAGUUAGGAGCACACGAUGUUGAGCAAACAAGGAGAAUAGCAAAUAGUAGAAUUCAUGUUGAACGUGUCAUAGGAGUUGUUCGUCAGAAGUAUACUAUAUUACAAUCAAGGUUACCUAUUGAUUAUUUUUCAGCAACAAAGAAUGAUGCUGUUCUUACAAUUGACAAAAUAGUUGUAGUCUGCUGUGCACUAACAAAUCUAUGUGAUUCUGUUGUACCAUUUGAUUAAAAGAAAUUGUAAGGAACUUAAAAUAUUGUUAAUUUUAAGAAAGCAUAUAUAGUGUUAUUCAUUUUUGUAAUCUCAAAUUGAUAUACAAUCGAAAGUCAUUUUGCAGCACUUUAGAAUUAUGUGAAAAUCAUUGGAUGUAUUUGCAUCCGCUACUCGAAUGUUUAAACUUGGGUAUGUGUCAUGAGAUCAAAUAAAAUUUGUGAACAACA